AUUGUCCAUUGAUCAAGCUUGGAGAGAGGGAUGGGCUCUGCCAAGUUUAAAGGUCAUAGGCAACGGUCGGAGGUGAAACGUAGAAUAUCAACUUUGUCUAGAAGAACGACCCAAAAAGCGAAUUCAAUCUUCCUGGUGUCUAAUUUGCACCCUAAAAUUUGAAUAAAACGGUUAAAAUAUUCUGUUUUGCCCAAUUUCCGAAGGUUUGUUUACAUCUCGCUUAUGCGCACUUUCACCGCCAGGGGACCGUCGUCAUGACGUCAUUUAAGCCAAACAGACCGGGAGCAGCUCUGUGUUUACUUGCGAAUCGAGCACAUGUGUACGGACUUUGGUCGUGAGAGGUUGUGUAAAAUGUCUGAUAGCGAUUUUGAAGUAGGAACUCUCCAAAUUAAAUAUCGAGAGGUGAAACCAUACAUGUAUGAACCUAUGGCCGUUGCAAAGCAAUCGGUGAAUGUGGCUCACUGGUUUGACCGUGCGGCCUCGGAAUCGGACAGCGACUCGGCCGACUCUGAUCGUGGUGACCCUCAACAAGACUCGCGCCCAAACGAUUUAUCCUGGUAGUUAUGAUAAAUUCCUACUUUCGUCGUAAUACUAAAUAAGAGCCCUUUUGAAGAAUAAUUAAACCGCUCUCCCUAGUGGAUAUAGGGAACGAUUACUGGACAGUGCGCCGGUAGGCCGCAUUAGCCUGCCAUCCGCGGGAUUAUACUAUUUAUAGCCGACUCUAAGUGAGGAAAUAUCCCUUUGUCUCAUUUCCACAAUGAUUGUACAGGAUCCCUCAGGAUUCUUGACUUGUCAAUUGCAAGCAAAAGUAAAAAUGUUUACCUCCAAUCUUCUCCUUUUUGCUUGAGCGUUGCUGCUCCGUUUCUUCUUUGACUGCUUGAUUUUGUUUCACAUGCACAAUCCACUCUCUCCGCCUCUUCUCCUCUUCCGGAAAAAGCCAACCCUCUCACUCCGCCUCUUCUCUUCUUUUGGAAAAAGCCAACCCACUUGCUCCGCCUCUUCUCCUUUUUCGGAAAAAGCCAACCCUCUGGCUUCACGCGCACAAUCCACUCUCUCCCCACCUGUUCUCCUUUUUCGGAAAAAGCCAACCCUCUGGUUUGACGCACACAAUCCACUCUCUCCACCUCUUCUCCUCUUCCGGAAAAAGCCAACCCUCUGGCUUUCACACACACAAUCCACUCUCUCUGCCUCUUCUCGUCUUUUGGGAAAAGCCAACCCACUCGCUCUGCCUCUUCUCCUUUUUCGGAAAAAAACAACCCACUCGCUCCGCCUCUUCUCCUUUUUCAGAAAAAGCCAACCCACUUGCUCCACCUCUUCUUUUUUGGAAAAAGCCAAUCCUCUCGCUCCGCCUCUUCUCUUCCGGAAAAGCCAAUCCACUCUCUCCGCCUCUUCUCCUUUUUCGGAAAAAGCUAACCCACUUGCGCUGCCUCUUCUCCUUUUUCGGAAAAAGCCAACCCACUUGCUCCGCCUCUUCUCCUUUUUUAGAAAAAGCCAAUCCUCUCGCUCUGCCUCUUCUCCUUUUUUAGAAAAAGCCAAUCCACUCUCUCCGCCUCUUCUCCUUUUUCAGAAAAAGCCAACCCACUCGCUCCGCCUCUUCUCCUUUUUUGGAAAAAACAAUCCACACUCUCCGCCUCUUCUCCUCUCUCGGAAAAAGGUAAAAACUUCUUCCUGAACCGGUCCCGUUGUUACAGUUCAUUGCACAACAAUAAGGCAUUGUUUUUCUUUGGAAAUUCCCAAACGCACAUCUGCACUCAAGCCGAUCGGCAAUGUAAGUAAACGGAAGUGGACUCAACUUAAGCGGUUUGUUUGGCUUAAAUGAUGUCACGUGCCGAGUGGUCACGAAAAUAGCCGAACAGAAAUUCGCUGCGAUCCGCGCUAACUUAUUUUAAUUAUUACUUAUUAACAAUACUUCUUGGGACCAGAAGAAAAUUACAGAGUUUUUUUUUAACAUAUAAAGUUUCAAAUGUGCAUAAAAUUAAAACCAUUGCCUAUGAGCUUUAAAUGCUCGAGACACACCAAUGAUGGACUGGUAAUGUCAUCACUGGUGCCCCUACAGCCGUUUGCUUGGAAGAAGAAAAAGAACAACUCCGCUCUGUGAAAACACCCUGAUGUGCUGUGGGGUUUUGUUGUUUUUUUUUGCGAGACAUUCCAUCACUAUCCUUCAACUUUGAGAUCACAGCUCACAGGGAAAGGAGCAAACCGUGAUGAUUGAUCUCCUGAAGAAUGAACUUGGCCCUUUAAAACUUUGACCUCUGACGUCACCCAACAUUCAGGCAUAACCCCGCCUCUUCACGGAUCAACCCAGGUGAACAGCCAAUAAGAAGAGGGAAUAUCCUGACGCGUGAGAUGAUGUUGCCAUGAUGCUUUUCCCCACUGAUUUUUAAAGCCUUGCUUCCUGUUCAGUCUGAGGAGGAUUUUGCUUUUCUUUUUCGUGCCUUAUGUUUCUAUCACCCUUUAUAAAAAGGGAAAAAAUGCUUCUUCGUAUUUUAGAAAUUGUAUUUUUUUUGUAUUUUGUGUCACACAUCCCUGUCACUCUCUUCAUUGAUCUCCAGGCACUACUACCAGAACAAGUGUAUCCUCCAGCACUUAAAAACAUCCUACACUGGUAUGCAGCUGAAUUCAGAGAUCCCAUGGUGCUGGAGCCACCUGUCUGGUUUAAAUCCUUUAUAUUUUGUGAAGCCGUUGUUCAGUUGCCUUUCUUUCCCAUUGCAGCUUAUGCCUUUCUAAAAGGUAACUGCAGAUGGAUCAGGACUCCAGCAAUCAUCUACUCCGUGCAUGUGGCCACCACUUUAAUCCCCAUUCUAGGUCACAUCUUCCUCCAUAACUUCCCAGCCGCACCUCUUCCUGGUCCGCAAACAUCUAAGGAGCGAUGGACACUAGUGUGUGUUUAUGCUCCAUACCUUCUCAUUCCCAUCAUACUGCUCCUCACUAUGCUCUUCAGCUCCACAUAUAAUUCUGACUCUCCAAGUGCUAAAACCAAGAAGCUGAAAUAAAAAUCUCUGGAUUUCAUUACA